AUGGUUAGUAAAUCUAAAACUGGUCUUUUUGCCUUAAAUUUCUUUUUAGUAGCUUCUUUAUUUAUAAUAAUAGCAUUUGUUAGUCCAUAUUGGCUAGUAACCGAUGGUAAACUUGCAAAUCCUAAGUUUGUGAAGAUAGGGCUAUGGGAGGUAUGUUUUAAUGGCUUUGAAGAAAUUCAUCACUGGUAUGAUACAGUGUUUACUGGCUGUUGGUGGAUAUUUGAAGAGGAGUACUAUAUAAUACAUGAUGUACUUUUGCCAGGAUUCUUUAUAGCUACUCAAUUUUUUUUCACAAUCACAAUGUGCAGUGUGUUAGCAUCAAUGUUCUUGUCAUACUUGUAUUUGGGUAAAGAUAAAGAUGAUGAAAAUUAUGUGACAUUAUUAGUAACAUUAGGAACUGUUCUUGUUAUUGGAGGUUUUUCAGGGAUAAUAUCUGUUGUUACAUUUGGAGCUAGAGGUGAUGGACGAGACUGGAUGCCUAACUGGGAACAUAAUGAUCUUGGCUGGGCUUUUGCACUUGGUUGCAUUGGAGUCAUUUUACUCUUUCCUGCUGGGAUACUAUUUUUGGUUGAAGCAAGAGUACACAAAUAUAAGAGACUUCAUGAAAUGCAGAGUCGUGAUCCUUCUUCUUAUUCAAUGCAUGAAAGGAAAGUUGGAUAUACAAGUGGACAUACUGACAUAUAAUUAUGAUCUUUUAUUAUAAUUUGCUUAGUUUUAGUAUUCAAGUCCGUCCAAAAAGAUAUCUUAAUAUAAACUUAAAUGAGCUUA